AUGCUAUAUGCUUUCUUUACAUUAAUUAUAGCAUUGAGGCUGCUUUGUGCUGUACAAAAAUAUGCUUGGGGAAAGAUCGGCUCUAAUAGCGAAGUAGCACUGUUAGCCAAAAGCAAUGAUCCGCAGUUUUUAUUGGAAGAAGAUAGCCCGUAUUCUGAGCUGUGGAUGGGAACCCAUAUAAAGGGUCCGUCCCACGUUACUUACCAAAACGCAGAAGGAGAAACUAUUAAUAAGUUGUUAUCCGAUUGGAUAAGAGACCAUCCUGUAUUCGCAAUGGGUAAAAAAGUUGCCGAUGAAUAUCAAAAUCAACUGCCUUUUCUAUUUAAGGUCCUAUCAGUGCAGAAAGCUUUGUCUAUACAGGCACACCCAACGAAGAAACAUGCUAUAGAGCUUCACAAAAGUAGACCUGACAAAUAUCCUGACCCGAAUCAUAAGCCGGAAAUGGCAAUCGCAUUGACGCCAUUUGAAGGACUAUGCGGAUUCCGUCCUAUUGGCGAAAUAGUUACAUUCUUACAGACAAUACCUGAAUUUUAUAACAUCGUUGGUAAAGACCACGCAGAAGUUUUACUUCGCAGUUCUAGAAUGGUAUCUGCUAAGGACGAGAACAGUAUCCUAGCAUGCCAAAAUGCACUUAAAUCGUGUUUUACAUCUGUCAUGCAAUGUGACCCUGAAGCAGUUCAACGGCAUCUAACGACUUUAUUGGAAAGGUUAUCCAACAUCGACGAACAUGAUGAAUAUUAUCAAGCCUCUCAAGGUACCUUGUUAUCAAGAUUAAAUAAACAGUUUCCCGGUGACGUUGGAUGCUUUUGCAUCUAUUUUUUUAAUUACAUACGACUCGAACCCGGUCAGUGUUUGUUCCUUGCUGCUGGUGUUCCUCACGCUUACCUAGCUGGAGAUUGCAUGGAGUGUAUGGCAUGCAGUGACAACGUUGUACGAGCUGGAUUAACUCCAAAGUAUAAAGAUGUUCCAACAUUAUGCGAAAUGCUAAACUAUCGUUGUGCUACUCCAUCAGAAAAUCUAUUCUCCUGUCAUACAGAUCCCGUAGACGAAUUCGUUUCAGUGUAUGACCCUCCUGUUGGUGAUUUUGCUGUUCACGUUAUACGUGUGCCAAAAACGGUAUCCAGCUAUGAAAUGCGAGCUUUACCUGGUCCGAGUAUUUUUCUUGUCGUCCACGGCAACGCAGAAGGAUCGAUUAACGAAGAACAUCACGUUAUGAAUUUAAGAAGAGGUAGUGUUGUAUUUUUAGCGGCAGAACAUAGCUAUUCACUAAGAACCGCAGGUGAUGACCAAGACCUUUUAAUUAUGAGAGCAUUCUGCGUUUAA